AUGGGUAAGCUGUCCCAAGUCAUGGCGGGCUUCAUGAAGAAGUUCAAAAAGAAGCGCAGGCUGUCAACGGAGCUACAUGACCGCUGGGGUGAUCCUGCGAUCAGUUACCCCAACGAGGGGUCCUGGAACCAGUGGAAUCAAGCGUCAGGAUUUGUGGCCAAUGCUUCCAUAGAGACCCCUCAUCACCUCAAGCCCGAUGAUUCAAGACGCUAUGGUUCCCCCUCCGUUCCACCACAAAACGGAUGGAACGAUUUCCAUCCCCAUCUCCAAAACAUCCCACCAGAGCCGAUCCACGAUCGCACGAACUUUCCCAGAGGAUACUUCGAUGCAACGAUCCGGCGCCGCCCUGAGAAAAUACAGAGGCCCCCAGUCCAGGGUCUGGGGAUAGGCGAUAGGCGACACGAAUUACGAGAUGAGCCCCAGGGCAGAGACAGCAUGGAUGAUCUAGUCCAGGAAUCCUGCGACGAAGAAGACGAAGAAGACGAAGAACGCGACACCUUGGGUGACCCUCGUGGGUUGAAUUAUCGUGGCUUCCCAACCGGAGACAUACCCAUCUCACGAAAUGUGAGCCGCGAGGAUUGCGGCUCUUAUGAUGUUGCCGCGAAAUCUCCGGCGCUGUCAAUUACAUCUCGUAUGCGUCGGACCAGUAUCCAAAGUGCAACGACGCAAGCUUCGUCUGUUGCUGGUAGUUCCAGACGUACAAGCUAUACUGCAACAUCUUCUGUCUCUGCUCCUUCUCUACCACCUGAUACUCCUCGAAUUCCGUCGCACGUUAUGCAUUUACAUGAAAAGCGACCGGUGACUCGUCCAAAGACUCGGGAACCCGAGCCAACUCCAAAGCCAACUCAACAUGAGAUGGUACCUUCGUAUGAUGAGCUCUAUGGUUGA